AUGCUUCCGAAGGUCCCCGUCCCGACGUUGGAGCAAACGAUGGCCGAGUACCUGCGGGUGCUGCAGCCGAUAGUCACCCCGCAGCAGCACGAUCGGACCAAGGCGAUCAUUAAGCAGUUCAGCGCCACCAUCGGACCGUCGCUCCAGGAGUACCUGCAGCAGAGGCGCGACGCCGAGGACAACUGGGCGUACCAUUACUGGCUGAACGACAUGUAUCUCGACAAUCCGCUCGCCUUGCCGAUCAAUUCGAACCCGGGCAUGGUGAUGCCACCGCGUAAAUUCACCACCGUGAACGAUCUGGCCCGCUUCGCGGCGCAACUGAUCGACCAGCUGAUGGAUCACAAGGAAAUGCUCGAAGGCGGCGGCCUAAAGCAGGAACGUGCUACAUCUCGUGAGAAGGGGCAGCCACUGUGCAUGGCACAGUACUACCGGCUCCUGGGAUCCUGCCGACGACCGGGGAAUCCGCGCGACAGUCAGUACCUACCACCAGGCGGUGAGCAGAGCGAUGCCCAUGUUGUAAUUUGCUGCCGCAAGCACAUGUACUGCCUGCCGGUGAAGGCGGGCGAUCGUGGCCGCUUGAACGACAACGAGCUCACCGCUCAGCUGCUCCACAUCCUUAACGAGGCACCCUGUCUGUCGGAACCGGCGGGCACGGUCGGUAUCCUUACCGCGGAUUCGCGCCUAAAAUGGGCCGCUGAUAGGGAGAUGCUGCUGCUCGAGGAAGGCAACGCACGCAACAUCGAGCUGAUUGAGACGGCCCUGGUGGUGAUCUGCAUCGACGAACCGCUCCCGCUAACGUACAAUGCGCGCGGCUUCAAUGGGUCACCGGCCGGGGCACACUACGCCGGCGGUCGGGACGAGAGCAACAUGGCGCAGGAAAUGAUUCACGGCGGCGGCAGCUCUUACAACACGGCCAACCGGUGGUUCGACAAGACGAUGCAGCUGAUCAUUUGCAACGAUGGCACGUGGGGUCUCUGCUACGAGCACUCGCCGUCGGAGGGAAUCGCCGUCGUGCAGCUGCUCGAGGGCAUUCUCAAGAAGAUCGACGAAGCCCCGGCCAAGGAGGCGGGACAGUUGCAGCUCCAACAAUCGCAUCUGCCCCCACCGGAGCGCUUGGAGUGGAUCGUACGGGCCGAAAUACAGCAGCGACUGCAGGAGGUGGCGCGGACCGUCGACAGGCGCAUUGAAGAUCUCGAUUUUUACGUCUACCGCUACAAGCCGUACGGGAAGAACUUCAUCAAAGCGUGCCAGGUCAGCCCGGACGUGUUCAUUCAGCUGGCGCUACAGCUGGCGUACUACAAGCUCUACGGGCACCUGGUUAGCACAUACGAAAGUGCCUCUACGCGGCGGUUCCGGCUGGGGCGGGUCGACUGCAUCCGGUCCGCGAGCCAGGAAGCGCUGGAGUGGUCCAAAGCGAUGUGCCAGGGCGAGGGCCCGAACGUAACGCUCGAGAGCGACAAGGAGGACGACUACAGCGCCGAAGCCGCAGCGGAUGUGAAAAAAGUAACUUUCAGUAUAUACAGUAGAGACCACCUCAGGGAGCUGUUCCGCUGUGCCGCGGCGCGCCAGACCGAAGUCAUGGUGCAGAACAUUCUCGGCUACGGUAUCGACAUUCACCUGCUGGGGCUGCGGGAGGCGUGCCGCGAACGGGAGGGCACCCUGCACGAGCUGUUUACCGAUGAGUGCUAUAAGAUUGCUAACUGUUUUCUUCUCUCCACCAGCCAGGUCGCCUGCUCCACGAACAGCUUCAUGGGGUACGGUCCGGUAACGCCGCACGGUUACGGUGCCUCGUACAAUCCGCACCCGAACGAGAUCAUCUUCUGCCUGUCGGCCUUCUUCACGUCGGAUAAGACGAGCGCUUCACGCUUCGCCCGCUCACUGCAGGACUCGCUCGACGCAAUGCGUGACCUGCUGUCGUAGGCUGGUUUCACUGCCUGCCGCCACACCACGUCUCUCAUUCAGGAAAAAACGACACUUCUUCUACUUCUCCCAUAUCGUCG